UGAAAACGGCCAUGUCGUGGUAGAAAGCAGUCCAGGAACGAGCGAGUCCGACUCACGUCGCAACUUACUACUUCAUGUAAUGUGGCAUUAAAACUACAGCUAGCUCUGAAAGUAACAAAUCUACCCUCUCGUUUGACAGAAAAGGGAUUUCGUGGAAGCAAGUGCGUUAUUCAAAUCAGAGUGCAAAUAUGAGCGCAGGAGGGACGCCGUACAUUGGCAGCAAAAUUAGCCUAAUCUCCAAGGCCGAGAUUCGCUAUGAAGGAAUUUUGUAUACCAUUGACACUGAAAACUCGACAGUAGCUCUUGCUAAAGUUCGCUCUUUUGGAACUGAAGACCGGCCCACUGACAGGCCUAUCCCACCUCGGGAAGAAGUGUUUGAGUACAUCAUCUUCAGGGGAAGUGAUAUAAAAGACCUAACAGUUUGUGAGCCACCCAAAGCCACUAGCAGCCUUCCUCAGGACCCUGCCAUAGUUCAAUCAUCAAUUGGAUCCACCAAUGCUGCAGCAGGACCAUCAUUCCAGUCGGCUGGGCCCUAUGCUCCAUACAGCAGGACCCCUGUCCCACCGUACAGUCAGUUUGGUGUUUCAUCCCUUCCAGCUCAGCAGUUUGGAUCUUCUGGAGCAGGAGGGCGCACUAGUCCCCAGCUGGAUGCUUUAUCAAAAAGUUCCACCCUGGAGCAGGCAGUGCCGGCCCCACCUUCAGCUGCCCCAGCACCACCUGCACCUGUAGGACAGAGGAGCCAGACGGGGGUGGCAGCUCCCAGAACCACCGGCACCACCGCUGGCAGCCAGAAGCCCCCAGACCUGCUGGACCAGAAAAAAGCUCCUGAGGUUCAGAAGGUGUCGCAGCCAGAUCAUGAACAUGGUGCUGUUGAAAACCGGGAUCCUAACAGGCACCAAGCUGCUGCUGCUGCUCAGUCCAACCGCCGUGGCCGUGGAAGAGGAAACCGCAGCAGAGGCAAAGUAAACGUGCGUAGGGAUGGCCCCAUGAAAUUUGAAGAAGACUUUGACUUUGAGACUGCCAACGCUCAGUUCCACAAAGAUGAGAUUGACAAAGAGCUCCAGAACAAGCUCAAACUGAAAGAUGACAAGGCAGUGAACGGAGAAGAAGCUGACUCUGAACAUCCAGCCAAUGAGGGGACCAAUGAGGAGGAGGAGGCUGUGAUAAACACGUGUUACUAUGACAAGUCCAAGUCCUUCUUUGAUAACCUGUCCUGUGAUGACCCAAGUAAAUCGGGCGAAAGAGGAUUUUCAAGGGAGCGGCGGUCGACCUGGGCAGAGGAGAGAAGAAUGAAUUCUGAGACAUUCGGCAUUCCUCUGAGACACAAUCGAGGAAGAGGGGGUUUCCGUGGCCGAGGCUUCAUGGGGCCCCGUGGAGGCCGAGGGCGGCCACUGAGCAGAGGGUCCUUUGGGCCGCCCCGGGGCGCCCCUCCUGGUUUCAGAGGUGGAUUCAGAGGUGGCAGAGGAGGCCGGGAUUUCUCUGAUUUUGAAUACAGGGUAAAUUAUGAAAAGAAGGACAACAAGGUGGCUGCAUAGUACUGCAGCGACAGAUCCACAAAGAAUUGUAGCCCCUCAUCAUGAAGUGAUUCCUGGUGGAGGUCUCAAUGUUUGACAGAAAGAAUGAAGACAUCCUCUCAGUCACCAGCACCAGGAGUGACUGCUUUACGUCAGGGGGUGAGAGUGCAGCUCCCUUUUCUCCACUUUGAGAAACAGGCAUUUUGUUUUUUUGCCCCGGUCACCAGAUUGACAAGAACGUGUAAAUACGUUGCUUUGGAGUAAUUCUGUAUUUUUGCAUCAAUCAAGUUCAUUUCUUACUGAAGUUGUCUUUGAUAUUUAAAGCUGUAUGCUGAAAGCCCACUGAUACUGUGAGUGGAUCACAGUCAAUGUGAUUGAUAGCUUUAUUUUUUAGUUUCUCUCAGUUUUUGAUAUGGUUGUGAUGUAUGCCAGCACUAACGUUCUCUGCAUUUCCUUUUGAAUCAUACAUUUCUCUGAUCAGACUUGCUUAGUUUGGCUGCCCCAUGUUCAGUAUUUUUACCGUUACAGGAAAAGUUUUGUCUUUUUGGACAUCCAUAAUUUCUCAAUGAAGUAGGUCAAUCAAAGCCAGCUGAAUAGAAACAUUAUCUGAGCUGAAUAUUGUCAUGAACGAAUGUAUGUGUAGCUCAUCUUCAGCUUAGUGACCUGGCAGUCUGUCCAGGGUGUAGCCCACCUCUCACCCAGUGUCAGCUGGAAUCAGCUCCAGCCUGCAACCCUCCAAAGGAUAAGCAGUUAUAGCUGAUGGGUGGAUGUUUGUCUCUCCAGACAGGAUGUGCUCUCCAGACAGACUUUUAGUUUAGAUUUGUUUUUGAAAUGUGUAUUCAGUAUUUAGAAACUCACAUCAGAUGAACUUUCUGCUUUACAGGAACCUCUGGAGGCCUGUUUAUGAAAGCCUAACGCAGGCAAUCUAUAGGAAGCGGUCAUUUGAUAGAUAAACGGGGUUUACAGCAUUAGCCUUAGAAGUAUUUGUUGAUUGUAGAUUUUUUUGACUGGGUCUGUUUUUAUAUAGUUAACUAAACAAAGAUUUUGUGUGUGUAGAAGAGGAACAUCACUGCCUUUAGACGAUCUUUGGAAAGGAAGCCUGGAGUUUAUUCAGUCCAGACCUGCAGUCAGAAUGAGCUUGAGCAGGUUAGCUUUGGAUAAAAAAAUGCUCUGUUGUUUUGACUAAGAGACAUUUGGUUGAGCAAAAACAAUUCACAGCCCAAAAAAACAUGUUUUCUCAUUUUAGUACGUGUUAAAUCUGUUUUUCUGUGUCCAGAACAUACUGAGCCAUCCGUGAAGCGCGUUCUUUUUUGUUACCAAACCUUUGAGUUGUCUUACAGUUGUGUCAUCUGUGUUGUUUUUCCACUGUCUUUACAGUCAGCCGUUUCCAUGGCAAAACUAAGUACUUGCAGUGUUGUAGGGAUUGUUUACUGAAAAUGGGAAAUGUUGUAAAUGGACUGAAUGAUGUCUCAACAUAUGUUCAGUACAAGUGGCAGAAUUUCUAAUAUCAGCUCUGUGGCUUGUUUGUAGCUCCCCUUGCUGCAUUGUUGUCAAUGUGAUUGUUCUCUGGAGGGAAUUUUUUUUUUUUUUAACUGACUUGUGAACAAAAGGGAGAAGAACUGGAUGUGGUGCCAGUGUGUUGAGGGGGAGGUGGGAUAUUUUCUUCCUUUUUUGCUCUGGUAGUACUUCAUUGACUUCAAAGUUGUUUUGCCUUCAGAAUGAUGAUUUUUUUACAGCCCUCCCUUUAACUUUAAGGUUACCUUGUGACUUAAGAAUUGAUGGCACUACAAGGUAAAGCUUCGUCCUUCUCAGUAGCUGUGGUUGUUUAAAACAGUGCAGCCCAGUUGAAAAUGUGCUGUUUAACUGGAUAUUGCUCAGAUUGCUAAUCACUGCAUGAUUGCCGUAGGAACCAUCACUUUAUAUGGGCUUUCGCAAUAACCAGCAAGAUUAAAUUUUAGACAAAACAAAAUUACUGAAUUAUUACAAACUGACAUGUUUUCAUAUGUUUGUUACUCCUUCCAGUCACUGGAAUUGUAAACCAGGAAUUGUUUUCUUGAGAAUAUCAGCAAAAUGGAGUUUUUACGUUGAAUAAAGAGUUGUACAAUAUGCAUGACUGAUGUUUUAUUUUUAAUCCACGUGUUCUGAAUUUUCACUGAAAUACUACUCUGAAAAGUAUAUCUCCGAGUCUCCCCAAGUGAUACGCUUGUUUUGUGCACUUAUUAUUGAAAAGUUACUGAAACUGCCUGUUUUAUUUAUUUAUUUUUUAUUUUGGCCUAUUAUUAGCCACACAAUCCCAGAGUGUUGCCGUACUUAGAGUAGACCAGAUCGCAGUUGCAACGAGUGUGCGUUUAUUUCCAAUAUUUAGUCAAUCAAUGUGAGUGAAUAGAAACACAAGCAAUGCAUGUUUCUCUUUUUCAUGUAAUAUGAAUCUGAAAAAAGAUUUUUGAUCACA